GGCCGCUCUGCCGCUGCCGCCGGGCCCUGCUGUCUCUGUCUGCCCCCGCAUCCCGCUCCCUCCGGCCCUCUCUCUCUCUCUCUCACCCUCCUUCCCCUUCCCUCCGGCGGCCUCGUCUAUACCUCCUCGCGCGCUCACUCCCUCGCGCGUGCUUGGCCUCCGACCCCCAACCCCCUUCCUCUUCGCCGCCGCAGUUCCGGGUCGCCGCCGCCAUGUCCGACGGCUUCAUCGACUACUCGGCGCGCCGCCGCGAGCGCACCACGCCCUCGCCGCCGCAGUCGCAGAACCCGUUCGCCGACGACGGCGCCAAGCAGGAGCAGAGCGCCUACCGCACCGACGCCUCGCAGGCCUACGCCGCCGAGCCGCAGCAGCAGUACGAGCAGCAGCCGCGUGCCACCAGCGGCCGCGGCCACCACUUUGACGUCGAGCACUCGGGCACGGCGCAGGCCAAGCGCGAGCAGGAGGAUGGCGAGCCGUUCUUCGACCCGACGUUCCCGUCGUACCAGGAGGAGGAGCCGCUGGACAUGGUCUUCUUCGACCACGUCGUACAGAACUACGGCAGCAUCGGCACCAUCGGCAAGCUGCGCGUGCAGUUCCGCCAGAUCGUCUCCUUCGGCCUCACCACGGCCACGAUGGGCCUCGUCAUCCUCGUCGCCUUUGCAAACUACUUCAACCCCUUCCACAAGUCGCCCCCGCGCGCGCACGCCGACCGCGAGUAUGAGCGGCGCAUCACGGGCGAGCGUCUCAGUGGCCGCCCGCAGUACUACUCCGAGUUCUGGGGCUACCGCUGCGACGAGCACGAGAUCGUGACCGAGGGCGGCUGGAUCCUCAAGGCGCACCGCAUCUCGGACCCGCGCCGCCCGGGCGCCGCCGGCUACCCCGUCGUGCUGCAGCACGGCAUCCUCUGCAACUCGUCGCACUUCUUCAUGUGCGAGGAGCGCAGCAUGGCCUUCUGGCUCGUGGACCAGGGCUACGACGUCUGGGUGACCAACAUCCGCGCCAACUUCGACGCCGGCCACACCGAGUACGACCGCUGGGACCCGCGCUUCUGGGCGUGGGGCAUCAAGGAGCUGGCGUUCGACCUGCGCGACACCGUCGAGUUCAUCACCGGCGCCACGGGCCGCCCGCGCCUCGCGUACAUCGGCCACUCGCAGGGCUCGGGCAGCAUGUACCUGGCGCUCAGCCCCGGCAUCUGCCCCGAGAUCGGCCACAAGAUUUCGUCGUUCACCGCCAUCGGCCCGUCGGUGUACGCCGGCCCGGUGCUGCGCAAGUUCCCGUUCUCGAUCAUGCGCAAGUUCCGCUCGCGCAAGUGGUGGUCGCUCGUGUUCGGCAUCCGCGAGUUCAUCCCCGCCAUCUCGAUUGCGCACAAGUACCUGCCCGCCUACCUCUUCGGCCACCUCGCCUACGUCAUCUUCCACUUCCUCUUCGCCUUCCACGACCACAACUGGGUGGGGCGCCAGAAGCCCAAGAUCUUCCGCUCGCUGCCCGUCGGCACGUCGUCCGAGCUGCUGUACUGGUACAUGGCCUCCUUCUCGCACCGCGGCUGCAUCUUCGACCCGCGCGUCACGGAGCCGUGGUUCCCGCGCUCCUUCCCGCGCCACUCCGUCUACUACGGCGACCUCGACUUCCUCGUCAUCGGCAAGCCGCUGGCACAGCGCCUCGAGCGCUACGAGCGCAACGUCGACGUGGUGCACGCCGUCGAGCUGGCCGGCUACGAGCACCUCGACUACAUCUUCGGCAUCGACUGCUGGCGCACCGUGUACCCGGGCAUCAAGGACACGAUUGAGAGCUCGCUCACGUCCGACGAGCAGAACCCGGACAUGGCCGAGCGCCGGUGAUCCCGUCCUGGCUCGUGUGUCCCGCUUCUCCUGCUCUCUCCUUGCCCCGUACCCUAUUGUGCCCUGUAUUCCCCCGCGCGUCCACCUUCGCUUGCUCCUUCGCCGCUCCUUUGCGCUCCAGGCCCGCCUGCUGCCGCCGACCGUCCUUUCGUGCGCGGCGCACCUGCCACCAAACACACACCACACACUCCUUGCACGCAGCCUGCACCCCGCCCGCCGACGGGCCGCGCGUUGCACAGCGCUGCAAUGGCAUAUAUCUUGGCUGACAGGCAGUCUGGAGGACAUCAC